UUUAAAAUAUUAUUUUCCAUUACAGCGAUACAUGCACCUGAAAGAUCAGUCGGUAGCGUAGAUCUCUACUUUUGUGGGAUAACACCUUUUCAGGAAUUGCUCCCUUAUAAUAAGAGCUGUUUUAAUAAGAGUUAUUUUCUUGAAGAAUCAUUAUUGUUAAUGCAAUAUUGCUCUUAUUAUAAGGACGUACUUCUUCUUAACAAGGUGCCCAAAUAACAUACAGUUUACAAACUUUUGUCGGUAACGAGAGUAUUGUUGUUUCAUGAUGUGAUUAUUUAUUAGAAAAUACUUUUAAUUAACGAUCGGCUUGAGUAGAAACUAGCCGCGUCGACAAUCGACUUAAGCGGUAAAUCGUCAUAUGAUUCAUGUCGAUAAUUAUUAAUUCAUUUUAUUUGACACAUCAUGACGCAUGACGCAAACCUUUCAUACAGUAGUUCAUACUUCAAUCACUGGAAGCUAAUAUAGCGCUGUAGUCAAUAAUUGGUUUUAUAAUUUUGUAAUUAUAAUAUUCAGGAUUGUUUUCUGGGAAAUGUUAUAUUACAUAUUUAAUCAGUCAUUUAAGUAGUUCAUCACUACACUGAAGAAUAACAAAAACGAUUUGAAAUUAAUUUUUUUCUCUAACCUAGAAUCAGCGGCAGUUUAAUUUUGGAAAGUAUAACGUAAGUUUAGAAUUUGAAUUUAAUAGGAUAUGGAUCAAAAUUCGCUCAACGUAAAAAUUAUUAUACGUCAAUAAUUUUGCAAUUUACGUGGAAUAGUCCAGUAAUCCACCUUUCUUUACAUUAUAACACAGGUAGGGACUACGCUUCGCAACUUCUAAUCAUUUACGGUCAUUUAUAUUCACUUUUGAUCAACUAUAGAAAUUGUCCACCUUCAAGAAUAAUGUAAAGAAUGAUGUGAAAUUAUUAUAUUCAAUGAAACAAAUUUCUUUUACUUUUUCUUUGAUCCUAGAUAAUAGUAGAUUUGGUGACGAAUAAUACUUAUCAAAGAUAAUAUUAAUUGAUUGCUUCCUACAACUAAAUAUUUAUAUCCAAUCAACAUGUUUUUAUGACCAAUCAAGCUUACAGAGAGUUAUUUUAUAGAAAAAUACAAUAAUGGAAUGUGAUCCAAUGGUUGAAAAACAUUAUAAAGGUCACAAAGGAACUAUUACUGGCUUAUCUUUCCACCCUGAAACAAAUAAGCUUGUUUCCAGUAGCACAGAUAAUACAUUGAUGUUAUGGCAAAUUGCUGAUUCUACAAGAGCCUUUCGAUACUUUGCACAUAAAGAUGAAGUUUUGGAUGUUAAUUAUGCUCCCUCUGGAGAAGUAUUUGCAAGUGCUUCUAAAGACCGAACUGUGAGAAUAUGGGUUCCAAAAGUUAGAGGAGAAUCUUUAGAUUUCAUAGCACAUCAAGGAGCUGUUAGAUCCGUUCAGUUCAGUACCGAUGGUAGCAAACUCCUUACCUCAUCAAACGAUAAAAGUAUUAAAUUAUGGAUGGUAUGUCAGAGGAGGUUUUUGCAAUCAUUCACUGGCCAUACCAACUGGGUGAGAUAUGCUAGAUUUUCUCCAGAUGGAAAAUUAAUUGUAUCCUGCAGUGAUGAUAAGACUAUAAAGGUGUGGGAUGUAAUUAGUGAACAGUGUAUUAAAACUUUUCAUGAAAUGAAAGCAUCUCUGACUGACGUUCAAUUUCAUCCUCAUGGAUCAUCGAUUGGGGUAGCAAGCACAGAAGGGUGUAUUAAGAUUUAUGAUUUAAAAACAGAUUUUCUACAGCAAUACUAUGAUGCUCAUGAGGACCAAGUGAAUAAAGUGAGAUUUCAUCCUAAUGGAAAAUUCAUGCUAACAGCUUCAAAGGAUUCUACAAUGAAGGUCUUGGAUUUGUUAGAAGGUAGACCAAUAUAUACAUUGAAAGGUCAUAAUGGUAGUAUAACAUCAAUAGCUUUCUCACAUUGUGGAGAUUAUUUUGCUUCUGGUAGCUCUGAUUGUCAACUGUUUGUAUGGAAAUCUAAUUUUGACAAAGGUGAAAAGCAUAUUAUCAGUUUUAAAAAAGUAAUGUCUUUUAACCAUCAACUGCAAUUACAGAAUGUGCUGAGUGACAACUUUGUGUUAGAAGACAUAAAUUAAGACAAAAAUUUGAACAAAUUUACUGAAUAAUUUGAAUAAAUUAAGCACAUCAACCAGUACCAGACAAUUCAAAAAAGAAAGAGUUUAAAAAAGAAAUAGCGCUGUUAUAUAGCACAUUGGCAGAUUUUAAACCACAAAUAAGAAUGGUUGAAAAAUGAUAUGGAAAAAUAACUUUGUGGUAAAAUUUAUUUGCCAGAUAAAUCAAAAUAUGCGAUGCAACAUGAAAUAGCAAUUUCAAAUGGAUUGUUAGUCAUUUUAAUUCAGAUUAUUUAAAGGAAUGCAUGCAUGGCCACGACUUGUCUAAUUCCACUGUAUUUAUGUAAAAUAAUUUAUUAAAUGCAAUAAAUUCAAUUUAAAGCAGCAACGACUGUACACACAACCAGACUUUAAUUUUUCAUU